AUGGAGCAAACAUGUGAUGAUAUAGAUGAAAUGUUCAGCAAUUUACUUGGGGAGAUGGACAUGCUGACCCAGAGUUUAGGAGUGGAGACUGUACAACCUCCAUCCCCCAAAGUGUCCAACAACGAAUUCAGCUUUACAGUUGGUUUUAAAGAUUUAAAUGAAUCCCUAAGUGCUCUAGAGGACAAAGACCUGGAUGCUUUAAUGGCUGAUCUUGUAGCAGACUUAAAUGAUGUUGAACAGCAAACUUUACAAGUGCAGAAAACAACUUCUGGCAACCAUCAAAGUACAGUCACUCAGCCUUCAACAGGCUUGGAUAGUGACAUUUAUUCUAAAGCAAGUCCCUAUGUUACCAUUACUGGACGGUUUGGGGACGACUUGCCCCCUCCACCUCCAGACCCUGGUUUAGACCUACCACCACCGCCACCACCACCUCCACCUGAGCCACUCACCCAGGAGGAACAAGAAGCACAGGCUAAAGCUGACAAGAUUAAACUUGCACUGGAGAAACUGAAGGAAGCCAAAGUUAAAAAGCUUGUUGUCAAGGUGCACAUGUAUGAUAACAGCACAAAGUCACUAAUGGUGGAUGAGCGUCAGGUGACACGGGAUGUUUUGGACAAUCUUUUUGAGAAAACCCAUUGCGACUGCAACGUGGACUGGUGUCUGUAUGAAAUGUACCCAGAGCUGCAAAUUGAAAGGUUUUUUGAAGACCAUGAAAAUGUUGUUGAAGUGUUAUCAGACUGGACUCGGGACACUGAGAAUAAGAUUCUUUUUUUGGAAAAAAGUGAAAAAUAUGCUUUAUUUAAAAAUCCCCAGAAUUUCUACCUGGCAAACAAAGGGAAGAAUGAAAGCAAAGAAAUGAAUGAUAAAAACAAAGAGGCUUUACUGGAGGAAAGCUUCUGCGGGACUUCUGUCAUUGUGCCAGAGCUUGAAGGGGCCCUUUAUUUAAAAGAAGAUGGAAAAAAGUCCUGGAAGAGGCGUUAUUUUCUUCUACGAGCUUCUGGAAUUUAUUAUGUACCCAAAGGAAAAACCAAGACAUCGCGGGAUCUGGCAUGCUUCAUUCAAUUUGAGAAUAUGAAUGUUUAUUAUGGUUCUCAACACAAAGUGAAAUAUAAGGCACCUACAGAUCACUGCUUUGUCUUAAAGGUAAUGUACAAGAAAAACAAGUUCUGCAAAUGUCAUACUCAGUUUCUUUUAUAC